UUCCCCGAUCAUUCUAGGGGAAAUAAAUGUGUGUAUUUAUUUGUAAAAAGAAAGAUAGUUGAAGUUAACUAGGAUGGUGGGUCGUACUCGAACAACACGACUACUCACGGCCAUUGCCGUAGUUUUCGUCAUCGUUGUCAUCAUUUUGUGCAUCGUUCCUAACCCUCCUCAACCCAGAGAUACUUUCGCAAGUGGUAAGAGCUCUGGUACCACACCUAAAGACAUCAUCAUUGAAGAGCCAGAGACCACAUCUUCUGCAACUAGAGCCACACCUACCACAACCAAUACAACCAGACCCACUACAACCACAUCAACUACCACGGCGAGCACAGGUACAGCGUCCACCACAACGACCAACACUACAGAAGAAUCGACCAGCAAGUAUCCCGAGACUGACAUAGAUACCGAGACCUCGUCUCCUGACUAUGAUGAAUAUGAGUCUUCGGGAAAUGAAGAUACUGCAUUCGAAGAGACCGAUAACACUACCACCAUAGCUACUGUUGAAGAGUCAACCACGACAGAGGGAAGUGGAAAAGAGAGUUUUUCUCCGGAGACGACAAGCACAACUCUCAUCGUGAACGUGACUGACGAAAGUGAAGAUCACUCCACAGAAUAUCGCUCAGAAUACGACUAUAACCAAACAGAAACAACAUCCAGUUCAUCAACGCUCUCAAUAACUACAACAACAGCAUUUUCCACCAUACUCAAUGAUACGGAUAUUCACGACUAUGAGGACGAGUACAACCAAACAGACGUCACUUCGACCACCACUGCACAUACCAUCAUUAUUGUCAACGAAACGUCAACUCAGUAUGACGAAGAAAACAACGAAACAAACGUCAACUAUACCACAACAGCAAGUACAGAUGAGAGCGAAAUUUUCAACGAGACGUCAAGCACUCAUCAUUUUGAUGAAAUUCACAACGAGACUGCUACCGAAAUUAUUGACAUCACUAACCAAACAACGACUGAAAUGGAAUAUACUAACGUCACGGAACUGGUGACUGACGUAGAGAACACUACGCUUGCCGAUACGACGAGAGAUGAAAGCACCACAGAAACCACGCGUUCGUUCACAACUUUCGCCAGUCUAAUGAUUGAUGAGACACAAUCCAUAGAGAUGGAAGCAGAUGAGUGCACCCACCCUGACUGCAAGCAGUUCGCCGCCAGGAUGCUGGACAUGAUUAACCAUAAAGCUGAUCCAUGUGAGGAUUUCUACGAAUAUGCGUGCGGGGGGACUGAAGACAGCACAUCUCUACGCCCUGAGGAUCCGGCUACUCAAGUCUUCAAUAGAAUGCAUGAUAUUCUGCGACAGCCGAGUACCGAUGGACCUACGUCUCAUGAACUAGCAAAAGAUUUCUUCAAGAGUUGUAUGUCUCAAUCUCAAACGCCCUUACCUGAGGUUACUGCGAAGCUGCGAGACGAAGUGAACAAGUAUGGACUGUUGGACCCGAGGACUCCUGAGGAUUCAGACCUUCAGAAGCAGUACGGCUACAUCGAUGAAGACGUCUUCAGUCUGGAGAAAAUGCUCGCUGACUUCAUAAAACACGACUUCCCACUGUUUUUUGACGUCGAUGUGGACGUGGACCGCAAACACCUGCAAGAGUUUUCGGUUCGCCUUACGUUCCCUGUGAACGGACUUGACUCAGGCUUGAGUCAGUCAGUUGACUCGGCACACUGCAUCGCUCAGUACGAAGACAAGCUCGAUGAAGCCAUCAGGGUCAAGGCUGAUAUCGAUCUCAACGAGGAGUACGAAAAACUUCGAGUUUGCAUGACGGUGAAGGAGGGCGUGGGUGCUCUGGUGCGGCGACUGAAGCAAGCGGUUGUCGCUCUGAACCUGACAGCUCACAUAACGAAAAAGGAAGACGCCGUAAAACUCAUCACAGAAACGGCGAUUGAAACAGAAUUUCUUCUGAAAGACAUUAGAGAAUACCUCCCAAUGCCGUCAGAGAUCCGCCACGCGAUCCUGAACAAAAAUUUCACAGAGUAUACAACCGAAGACCUCGAUGCCAGCGAUAUUUUGUCUAAUGCUAUCAACUGGUCGUCGUUCCUAGAGUCCGUGGUCGGGCGGAAGGUGAACAGAGUUCAGGUGUACCACGAAGAAGAACUCAGGAACGUCAUGAAAAGAGUCGGGGAAGAAGCGGAAAUCCCAGCAAAGCUCCGCAACGAGCUACUGAUGCUGUGGGGGACGCGUCUGUACACGGACUUCGUGGCCCCUGAGGGCAAAGGUCCCCCCAGCAGCCCCGCUUACUGCGUCCCAGCCACCAAGUUCCUCAUGCCGGACAUCGCGGCCGAGAUGUUCUUGAGGACAUUCUCAGUCCUCGAGCUGGAGGCCAUGAGUCACAAGGUACAGAGCGUGGUUGACAGCAUCAAAAAGACGGUGUCUGCGGUGCUGGAAAGAACCUUAGGAGCGUCAUGGGAUCUCAGGGACAAGCUGAGUAGAACCUUCACUCAAGUGGGAGCUACAGAAUUCCUGGAACUUCUCAGCCACAAUGUUUCAGCCGCUACGGAGACGCUGUUUAUUGAAGAUAGUUACAUAGACAAUGUCCUGACACUACUGCAACGCAGACGUCGCCUCAUGUACGACGUUCUCAGCCAACAAACGUCAGGGCACAUAGCCAUGUGGAACCUCUUCAGUGCCCCCUUCAGUACAACAGCUAUCACGCUCUAUGGGACUAAUUCGAUACUCAUACCAGAAGCUGUGAUGACCGCGCCGUUCUUGUAUCCGAAAUUGACACAAUUGCCGGACUACGUCGUCUUCGCUGGGAUUGGUCAUUUGGUGGCGCAUGAAUUCCUGCACGCAGUCGAUACUACAGGCAUUAAAUUCGACGGGCUUCUCGGCACUGAGGUACCAAGACCACCGGGGAUGAACUUGCGUGAGAAUUGCUUCUCAGGACUUCUAAAGAACACAACCUUCUCGCUCAUAGUAGAAGACUCUGCUAUAGCUCGCUUUAAGUUCCCUGUAGAUCUGAAACUGAACGAACUUAUGGUUGACACGGGCGCUACGAGACUGGCUUGGCUGGCUUACAUUCAUGGCGCUAGCGCAGAGGCAGGCAAACCUCUAGAGUUCGUCACAGAUCCUCCUAGUCGCAGACGUCGAAAUGAACCUGACCACCGCCCCAUUACCGCCUCCGUUGAACACCGUCUGCCGUGGCUCAAAAUGAGCCCCUACCAGCUCUACCUACUCCGCACGGCGCAGUCCCAGUGUGCCGCCUCGAGCCGACUGGACAUUUUGGACAUCAAAGAACGAGAACAUUUGCCGUCUCGACUUCGAGUAAACCUUGCCCUGGUGAAUGAGCCUCUAUUCGCCGAAGCCUUCAACUGCACAAGAGGACAAAGAAUGUAUAGGACCAAAACGUGUCCGUACAUCAUCAGUCACAUGCCUUCAAACAAUUAAAUUCCUCAAUUCCUCUUCAAUUCCUCUUCUUCGCACAGUUAAAUUCCUUAGCCCAUUUUCGGGUGUAGCGGCAAUGGCGCAACAUUUCAUGCAUAUUGCACACACUCAGAGAUAAGAGUGGGAUUUGUUCAAAUAGCAACGCACUUUUUGCUGCUGUGCGCGUCAUCGUGAAAAAGUUUGGCCUGCCAAGAGGGCGUAUCAGAGAUUUGUGCAGAAUGUGUAUUACUAUUGGUACAAUAAGACUCAUUUAAUUUUCUUAAUGCACUAGAGCCGACAGACGGGAAAGUUUAGUCUUCUAAUUAUUUCUUAGGGAAUAAAUAAUCAUGUUCGUCAUUAGUUUCUAUAAUAAUUAUUUUCUAUUAAAUUUCUUAUUGGCAGAGAAAACCGAGUCUUAACUAUUCUUUAAACAGCUUGUAUCCGAAGCCAAAUCUAUGUUAAUAUUGAAUGCAUGGUUUAUUUGUUCACUAUUUCGUAAUUUUCUUUCAAUGCAAAGUAACUUUGUUCACUCGUUUUAAAUUCAUUUUAUUUGAUGCCCUAAUUGUGUUCCUAUUUGAAGAAUACCUUAAAUGCCAUUCGAGAAAUCCUGCUUUCUAAAUUAACAUGAGCAGAAAAGGAAUUCAUGUACAUGUUUUUAGUGCAAUUAAUUAAAUUAUUGUUAAGGAUUUAAAACUAUGACGUACUGCUUACACUGUACAAGGCUUGGGAGCUGCAUGGGAUCCCCCAAUCGACGAAAGCAAUUAAUUGAAAAUUUUGAAAUCACUGCAGCGAAAAUCAAAUUCGUGCAAAACAAAUUUGUUAAAUUAUUAUUAAAUUUGAUUUUACGAAUUCUUACUAUAUUUGAAUUUUUAGACUCUGUCAAUUAAUACCGAUUUAUAUAAAAUGUGUUAGUUGCAUCAGUAGAGAAUGCGAAUUUUUUUGCAUCUUGGAGUUGAAAAUAUGGUGCAAGGUUUUUAAGACUUCACUAUCUCAGGCAUUAAUAAAUAUAUGUAUAAUCAGUGAGAAAUAUUCUUUUCAAAUAACUUUAAAACCUUGAGUUCAUCUGGCUGUACAUUGAAUUGAAAAAGCGUUGCAAGAAAUAUUAAACUGUCGUUGCAACAAAAUUAAUGUUCCUCGCAUCAAGUGAAUUGCAUAAAACCCCGCCUGAUUUCCUACACGCGGCCGUCUGAAUGGAGCUUUUUGCCUCAGCUGGAUGUCCUACACUUUUUGGAUAGCUUCAUGGCCUUGGCGAGUUGUCGACGGUGGCCACAUCUGGCAACUGUACUUGUUCAGAAAUAUCUCUUUCGUCUAAACUCUAAAGACUUAGAGUUUUCAUUAGAGUUUUCAGAUUUUUAUAACCGUGUGCUUGUUCCAAAAUCAUAAUAAUAA